AUGCCUGACAGAAUCCAAGAGCUGCUGGCUGUCCGCGUCCCCGCGCAGCCUCGGCCUGUCCAUGACUCGGCCCCGUCGGUGGCUGCCUCUUUUCCGUCGGAGGAUCUCGUGAUAGGCUGCGGCGUUGCCAUCUUCCACGUCGCCUCCGCCCGCGUCGUUCUCUGCUACCACACCCGCAAACACUAUUGGUUCUUGCCCAAAGGCCGCCGCGAAGCCGGUGAGGGGUGCACCCACGCUGCGGAGCGGGAGGGCUUUGAAGAAAGCGGCUACCGAAACCGCCUCCUCCCCGUCCCCAUCCUCCGCGACCAAAUCCCCAGAGCCGGAGCCGGAGCCGGAGCCGCCGCUCCUCACCGCCACCGGCCUGCUCCUCGCCGCCCCUCUGCUCUUCCCCGCCGCCGCCGCCACACGGCAACCAGACCCACCCACCCCAGAUCGACUCCCACGCAUUCUUCGUAUAACUACUCUUCCCCUUCCAACCGCUCUUCUCCUCCCCACCACCACCCCUUCUCCCCCUUCGCCACCCACCCCAUCUACACCGUCUCCGAGCCCGCCGGCACCCCCAACCACAUCCUCCUCUUCUACGUCGCCGAAACCCUCCCGCCCGCCCUCGACACCACCAACCCCGACCCACCCACCCGCACGCCCUUCACCCCCGCGCCUCGAGCCCCUCCACCACCACCACCACCACGAUCACAAUCAAACCACAACCCCGCAACCGCCAACCACGCCGACGCCGCAACCGCAACCGCAACCGCAACCGCAACCGCCAACGACCACCCCCGCCUAACCCACCGCGUCCGCCACGAGCCGGCCGGCUACCAACCGCCCAGAUGGCCGGGCACGGCCGCGAGUGCGGAAGAGCGGCUGUAUGAGAGCCGGUUGGUGAGGGUGGAGGAGGCGGUGGGCUUGUUGGUGGCGGGGUCGGCGGCGGGGUCGGCGGAGGGGGAGGGGGGAAAGGAGGAGGGUUCGGCUGGUGUGGUUCUGGCGGAGGUGGUGAGGAGGGGGUGGGGGGCGGUGAGGGGGAGGUUGGGUUGGGAGUUGGCGGAGGAGCUUGCGGGGGAGGGGGAGGAUGGGGAGAGGGAGGGAUGGGAGGAUGACGAGGAGUGGGAGGGAGAGGGGGAGGGGCGGGAGGAUGAGGAGGGGUCGGAGGAUGAGGAGCCAGAAGAGGAGGUGGAGAAGCUGGAAGAGGAGGAAGAGGAGCCGAAAGAGAAGCGUUUGAAUACGUAA